CUUGUUGUACUGCUACUAUCUUUCGAGCCAUAGUCUUUUACUGAAUACUAUCCAGAUGAAGGCAUGAAAAACGAAGCCUGCUCCACUUUCUGAUAACUCCAAAAGCCAUCUUCUGAUUUCUAUAUUACUAAUACGAAAAGAAAGAGGAUAUUCCAAUUUUCAGUUUUGACAGGGAAAUUUGGAGAACGAGUCCCAAGUGCUGACGGACAAACCCCAAAGUGGCAGAGUCCUUCUCCUUGACCAAUUUAACUAAAACCCGUAUAAUUUCCCAGGUUCCAAGGCCCUGUAUCCUCUGUAACUCGACUAAUAUUUAUCUCGCUCUUUCUUACUCUCCUCUGCCUCCUUUUUUUUCUUAUUUGUUCGGUGUUUGCAAAAGUUUUACUGAUAAUUUUCAAGUAAAAGAAGAUGAAGGUGAUAGCAGCAUACUUGUUGGCGAUGCUGGGAGGAAAUACCAACCCUUGUGCUGAUGAGUUGAAGCACAUUCUUGGUUCUGUUGGAGUUGAAGCUGAUGAUGCCAAGAUUGAGUUGCUUUUGUCCCAAGUCAAUGGAAAGGAUUUGGCAGAGCUUAUUGCUGCUGGAAGACAGAAACUGGCAGCUAUGCCUUGUGCUGGAGAAGCUGCUGCUGCUGCUGCUGUUGGAGGUCAUGCGGCAGCCUCUGCUGCAUCUCCCUCUGCUGCUGCUGCUGAGGACAAGGAGCAGAAAAUUGAAGAGGAAUCAGAUGAAGACAUGUGCUUCAGUCUGUUUGAUUGAGGAAUUAAUUAG